AAAUGGCUUUGGGCAUCCAGUGCCAGAGAAUAUGCAUCGGUAACAGGUCAAAGCAAUAUCGAGAAAGUCCUCGUGGCAAACCGAGGAGAGAUUGCUUGCAGGGUGAUGCGGACUGCCCGGAAGAUGGGGGUGAAGUCGGUGGCAGUUUACAGCGAGGCUGAUCGGAAUUCAAUGCACGUAGCCAUGGCAGAUGAAGCUUAUUGGAUUGGCCCAGCACCAUCUCAGCAGAGCUACCUCUCCAUGGAAAAAAUAAUGCAAGUGGCCAAAAAGUCCGCAGCACAGGCUAUCCAUCCAGGCUAUGGCUUCCUGUCCGAAAACACAGAGUUUGCUGAACUCUGUAACCAAGAAGGGAUCAUUUUCAUAGGUCCUCCUUCAUCUGCUAUCAGAGAUAUGGGCAUUAAGAGCACUUCCAAGGCCAUCAUGUCUGCGGCUGGAGUUCCUGUGGUGGAAGGUUAUCAUGGGGAAGAUCAAUCUGACGGGUGCUUGGAAGAGCAAGCCAGGAGGAUCGGCUACCCAGUUAUGAUCAAAGCUGUUCGUGGAGGUGGAGGAAAGGGAAUGAGAAUAGCAUUUACUGAAAAAGAAUUUCGGGAGCAAUUGGAAUCAGCUCGAAGAGAAGCAAAGAAGUCCUUCAACGAUGAUGCCAUGUUGAUAGAGAAGUUUGUGGACAAUCCAAGGCAUGUAGAAGUUCAAGUAUUUGGAGACCAGCAUGGCAAUGCAGUCUAUUUGUUUGAAAGAGACUGUAGUGUACAGAGAAGACAUCAAAAAAUUAUUGAGGAAGCUCCAGGGCCAGGAAUUCAGCCAGAUGUGAGAAGAAAACUUGGAGAGGCAGCUGUUAGAGCAGCUAAAGCUGUGAACUACGUUGGAGCAGGAACUGUGGAAUUUAUAAUGGACAGUGCACAUAAUUUCUAUUUUAUGGAAAUGAAUACCAGGCUGCAAGUGGAGCACCCGGUUACUGAGAUGAUCACAGGGACUGACUUGGUGGAAUGGCAACUGAAGGUUGCUGCAGGAGAGAAGAUUCCUCUGGCUCAGGAAGAGAUUGUACCCAAGGGACAUGCAUUUGAAGCCAGGAUCUAUGCUGAAGAUCCCGACAAUAACUUCAUGCCAGGGGCUGGACCCUUACUGCAUUUGUCCACACCACCUGCUGACAGCUGCACCAGGAUAGAAACUGGGGUAAGACAAGGGGAUGAGGUUUCUAUACACUACGAUCCGAUGAUUGCUAAAUUAGUUGUUUGGGCAGAGGACCGCCAAGCUGCUUUAAGGAAAUUAAGAUACUGCCUUCGACAAUAUAAUAUUGUAGGGCUGAGUACCAAUGUGGAUUUCUUACUGAAUCUCUCGGCCCAUCCGGAGUUUGAGGCUGGGAAUGUUCAUACUAAUUUUAUCCCUCAACACUACGAAGAGCUCUUUCCACCAAAACGGGCAAUUUCAAAAGUGACUUUGUGCCAGGCAGCUCUUGGGCUCAUUCUGAAAGAGAAUGUCAUGACAGAUACCUUUAGACUCCAGUCAGAAGAUAAGUUCUCUCCAUUUGCAUCCAGCAGUGGCAGGAGAAUAAAUAUCCCCUACGUUAGAAACCUGACUCUUCUAGAUAAUGAAAAAAAUGUGAAUAUUGCUAUACAGUACAAUCACGAUGGAUCUUAUGACAUGCAGAUAGAGGAUCAAUUUUUCCACGUUUCUGGUUGCCUUUCAAGGGAUGAUGACAUAGAAUAUAUAAGAUGUUCAGUGAACGGAGUUGUUCAUCAAUCCAAACUCAUAGUUCUGGACAGCGCCAUUUACCUCUUCUCAUCGGAAAGUCAUGAGCAGAUUGGCCUUCCGGUGCCAAAAUAUUUAACUAGUAUGACUUCAGGAGGAGAUCAGAGUGGGGCUGUGGCUCCCAUGACAGGGACAGUGGACAAGGUGUUUGUGAAACCUGGAGAUAAAGUUCAAGUUGGGGACGCGCUUGUGGUAAUGACAGCUAUGAAAAUGGAGCACACCAUCCGGGCUCCAAAGGCAGGGAUAAUAAAGAAAGUUCUUUAUCAGGAGGGUUCACAGGUCAACAGACAUGCUCCACUCAUUGAGUUAGAAGAGGAAGACUGAUUCAGAAUAAUCCCCAGUGAUUGGAGUUUCAGGAAGAGCUGCCUCCAAAUUUUUUGCUGCAUGAGAAUGAAAGAGAACUCCCAGGGCUGGUUCACCUAUGCACAGCUGUCAUUCGAUGUUCCUCAGGGUUUAAAAUUAUCCUUUCUUAUUGCUGGAUUUCUUAGCAGUUGAUGACUCUCCAUGAAAGUAAAAAUGCCCUGCACUGAAAAAUAUUGUAAAUCUUCACCUGAGAGGCUGGUGGAUACUGAGAUGCAUGUGUAGGUAUUCCAAAGAUGUUCCUCCAGUCUAAAAAAUGCCUUUUUGAGAAUUGGACUUGAAAAGUUUUUGAUCACAUUUUGAUCACAUUUUCAUUUAGCCAGCAAUGUAAUCUGAUGGUCCUGGACAAACUGAGUUCUCACUUCCCCAUUGGCAUAAUAAUAGCUUGACCAGGAUGGUCAGUGUGGAUGAAGAAAUCUGGACUGCAAAGAACUAAGUGCGCUAAAGAACAGAAGGCAGUGAAGCAAGGCAACUUUCCAGAGUCAGUACUCAUCUGAGUGAUCGAUGGUAGCCAGAAAUAUAGUAGAAAAAAUACUGUAUGAACACAAGUACCUUCUUCUCCAUCUUUUUCACUGGCAUGGGUUGUCUCUUUAGAAAGCAGCUGCAAUGACAUUUUAUAGCUUCGAAGAUCAGAUUCAACUGCUGCAUUAUUUUAAAAUAUUUUGAGAGCUGUGGUUGGGAAUGACAAUUGUAAUUUGUAACAGGGACAAUUUGUUCUGAUCUCUCUUUGUCCCAGGUUUGAUUAUCUGAUUAUGGAAUUUCUAAUACAAGAUCUCCAUGUUUUAUACAAUACAUUUAAAAGGCUAACAUGGUAAUAAUACAGCUCUGCAAGUAUUUUUCCUAUAUUGUCAUCUCUUAGUGCAAUUUGCAGAAUUCCUGAGCAGAAGUAAGGAUUUGCAUAUGAGCUCCUACAACAUUAGACUGGACACAUACAGUGAUUGUGGAAGCCAUUUUUUCCAAUAAUUUCAGCAGUAUGAACAAACAGCUGAACUUAAGUUUGAGAGCAAUUCCCUGGGAAAAGAUGAGUUUUGCAUUUGAAUAUACAGGUAGUCCUCGCUUACUAACCAUUUGUUCAGUGACUGAAGUUACGACGGUGCUGAAGGGGUGGUACGUAUGACCAGUUCUCAAAGUUCUGGCUGUCUCAGCACCCCCGCAGUCAUGUGCUUGUGUUUUGGGCGCUUGGCCACCAGCUUGCACUUACGACGGUUGUGGUGUCCUGCGGUCAUGUGAUUGCCAUUUGUGACCUUCUCUGCUGGCUUCCCACAAGCAAAGCCAAUGGAGAAGCUGGCAGAGAAGCUUGCAAGUUCCUCUGGUAAGUCCUUCCUUGGCCUUCCUGCACACCUUCCUUCAGCCUCCCUGUGCUCACACACCCACUCCCUCCCUCCCGUGGCCGCCACACCGCCACACCCCCCUCCACCAACUUGCACAUGGCCUAUACUGGGCCUCCCCCACCUCCCUGCAGCACCCCUGUGCUCCUUACCUGAGACUUCCAUCACUUCCUACUUAAUGAUCAACGUGUCUUCGGGUUACAAUGGCAACUGGGACUGCCUGCAUUGCCGUCACUAAGAGAUGCAGUUAUGUAGCAUUGUGCUUUACGACUGCAUUGCUUAGCGACAGAAAUCCCGGUCCUAAAUGCUGUUGUAACCCGAGGACUACCUGUACGUCUGAUGUUAAUUAAGCUGCCCUUUUUGCAUUAGAAUUUUCUUCUUUGAAGCAGCCAAUGCUUGUUUAGUGACUCCCUCAGACAGCAGCCACUCACAGUUACAACUGUGAUGAAAAGGUAACUUUGCAACCAAUGCUCGCAUUUACGACCUUCACAGCGUCUCUCUCAGUGACAUGUUUGCUAUUAUAGUCAGUCAGUAUGGUAUUGUAUUGACCUGUGCCUGACCCAGUCCCCCCCCUGCCCUUGCAGAAUGGAGAGAUUGCCUGAAGAAGCUAUCGCUUCCUGAAUUGUUUUUCUUUGCAGUGCUGCGCAUCCCUAAAAAGCACAAACCACAAUUUAACAAGCUCAGCUCUGUGACCUUAAUUAGUUGAUUGGAACCCUCCAGCCAGCUUGUGCUGCUGUCUGAUACUGACCAGACCCUAAUCAGUUUCAUACAAAAGGCUUGCUUUUGUCUCCUAAGCUGUCUAGGCAAACGACUGGUGCUAGUGCAUUCCUUUCAAUGUGUGUUCUCCAUUGUGUGCCUACUUACUUUCUUAUAAUUCUUUCCUCUCCAAUGAAUGUGAAUGCAAACAUUAAUUCUCUUCUUGCUACUGAUUCCAGCAUCAGGGGUGAGCAUUCCAAAGGGCAGGGGAGUGGGGAAAAGGGGCCCAAAGAUUUGCCCUUUUACCCAGCUUCCUCGUGAGAUGAGUUCUGGAAACCUUUUCUGCCGUUUGGGCUCACCUGGCUCUUUGGGGUCAUAUCCACAGUCAUGUGAUUUUCACUUAGUGAUCACUUCACUAAGUCAUCGGAACCAGUUGCAGUCACUAAAUGAGGACUACCUGUAUACGCAUCAUACUGUACUGAACAUAUACUUGCUCAGUAAGGAACUGUCCACCAACAGGGAACAGUGUUGAUCAUUGUGAAAUAGGUGGAAAAAAAUAGCUGGUUCUACAAGGGACCGUUGAUUCCAAACUCACAGACUAAAAGAAAAGAUGUUAAUAAAAGUGGUCAUCUUAUUUUA